AUGGGCAAGGGCUUCGUCAUCACCAACCAGAAGGUCUCGAUCGCCGUGGGCCUCAAUGGCCGCAUCAACACCGUGUGGCUCCAUGCCCGGUCCCUUACCAUCCUCGGCGCCUCGCUCCGCCUCCCGACCGUCGUCCCCCUCGCCUUUACCCACCUCCCGCCCGCCGCCCCGUCCCUCACCCAGCCCGACAACAUCCACACCUACCCCGAGAUGAAGCGCCACAUCUGGCGCGCCGACAACGAGGGCGAGGAGGGCGAGCUCGGCAUCGCCAUCCCCUCGGGCUGCAUCGUCCCGACCGCCAACGCCUCGGCCGCCCCGACGCCGGGCCAACCCGCCGGCCUCGACGAGUACGAGCCCUUUACGAUCGCCAUCGAGUACGAGGUCCUCAAGCCCGGACUCGGCGUCGUCGUCGUCGGCCCCGACGAGGCCAACCCGGCCCGGUUCCCGCACGUCUUUACCUCGAGCGCGAGCGACAUCGCGGCCCGCACCUGGGUCCCGUGCAUCGACACGCCCCGCGAGCGCUGUUCGUGGGACCUCGAGCUCGUCGUCCCGCGCGUCCUCGCGAGCGCCCCUCCCGAGCGCAAGAAGCGCGUUGGCGCCGGCGCAGACGAGGCGGGUUCGGGCGCCGGGCGCAACGGCGCGUCGCUCGACGGCCUCGAGCCGGCGAACGAGGGCGGCGGCAGCGGCGAGGCGGCGGCAGCAGGAGCGCGCGAGGCGGGCGAGGACUCGGACGACGAGUCGGACGACGACGACGAGGUCGACGCCGAGUGGCCCGUCACGGUCGUCGCGUCGGGCGAGCUCGUCGAGCAGGUCGUGCACCCGGACCGCUCGGACCGCGUCAUCUGGCACUUUGUCCAAGUGACGCCCGUCAGCGUGCAGCAGAUCGCGUGGGCCGUCGGCCCGUUCGUCGUCACCGAGAUCCGCAGCGGCGCCAAGGCCAAGAAGGCGCGCGCACGAGCCGGCGCCGAGGGCUCGGACGACAAGGGCGUCGACGACCAGCAGCAGCAGGACGACGACGACGACGACGACGACGGCGCGACCGACGGCGCCGCUCGCGACGAUGGCCCGACGCUGCACGCGCUGUGCCUGCCCGGCCGCGAGGCCGAGAUGGAGUACUCGGUCGGCGUCGUGCGGCAGGCGAUCGAGUUCUACGCGUCGACGUUCGGCUCGUACCCGUUCGUCAGCUUCACGGUCGCGUUCGUCGACUCGCUCGCGAGCGGCGCGCCGACGUUCCACUCGGCCGGGCUCGCCCUCGUCGCGAGCGACGUCCUGCACCCGCAGAGCGUCAUCGACCAGGCGUACGAGACGCGGCACCUCCUCGCGCACGCGGCCGCCGUCCAGUGGUCCGGCGUCAACCUCGUCCCGCGCACGGCGAGCGACAGCUGGCUCGUCAUCGGCAUCGCGCUCCACAUGACGGGCCGGUUCGUGCGGCACCUGUGGGGCAUGAACGAGUUCCGGUUCCGGCUCAAGAAGGACAUGAACCGCUGCGUCGAGCAGGACAUCCAGUUCGAGCCCAUCUGCGUCCCGGCGCGCUUGACGCUGCCCGAGCCGACGCAGAUGCAGUUUGUCGCGCUCAAGGCGCCCCUCGUCCUCCACAUCCUCGACAAGCACCUGCGCAAGGCCGGCACGUCGCUCGGCCUCGACAAGGUCCUGCCCAAGCUGUUCCUCGACGCCAUCGCCGGCGAGCUCGCCAACCAGGGCAACUCGCUCUCGACGACGUCGUUCAUGCGCACGUGUCGCAAGGCGUGCGGCGGCUCGUCCGAGGCGCUCAAGGUCUUCUUCGACCAGUGGGUCUACGGCUCGGGCUGUCCGACGUUCGAGAUCCAGGCCAACUUCAACCGCAAGCGCAUGGCCGUCGAGCUCAACGUCACGCAGCGCUGUUACGCCUACGCGUGGGCGCAGAAGGCGCCCUGGGAGGCCCAAGGGCACCUGCGCCCGAUCCCGCUCUUCGACGGCCAGAUGACGAUCCGCAUCCACGAGGCCGACGGCACGCCGUACGAGCACGUCCUGUCGCUCGCCGAGACGUUCAAGCGCCACGAGGUGCCGUUCAACACCAAGUACAAGCGCGUGCGCCGCAACACGAAGCGGUACCAGGCCCGCCAAGCCGCCGCGACCGCCGCCGCGCUCGGCGACGCCGAGGCCGCCGAGGACAUGGGCCUCAUCGACGUCGGCUUCUCGUUGGGCAUGUGGGAGGACGAGCGCGAGCGCGACCGGUGGCGCGUCGUCGACUGGUCCGAGGAGGACGACGCGACCAUGAGCCAGGCGACGUACGAGUGGAUCCGCAUCGACGCCGACCUCGAGUGGAUCUGCAUCGUCAAGUUCACCCAGCCCGACUUCAUGUGGGUCUCGCAGCUGCAGCGAGACCGCGACGUCGUCGCGCAGCUCGAGGCCAUCCACGCCCUGUCGAGCAUCCCGUCGCCGAUCGUGUCGGCCAACCUGUGCAAGACGGUCCUCGUGUCGAACUACUUCUUCCGCAUCCGCAUGGAGGCCGCCCUCGCCCUCAUCUCGUGUGCGACGGCGCAGCAAGACUACCUCGGCCUGUUCCACCUGUUCAAGAUCUUCCAGACGUGGUACUGCUUCGAGCCCGACGUCGAGACCAAGGACCCGUUCGGCUUCCGGUGCAUCCCCAAGACGAACGACUUUAGCGACUUUACCCUCUAUUUCCUCAAAAAGGCCGUCCUCACGGCCGUCUCGAUGGUGCGCGACGAGCACGGCCAGACGCCGCCCGUCAUCCAGCAGUUCCUCGUCGACCUCCUCACCUACAACGACAACCUCGGCAACAAGUACUCGGACGCGCACUACAUCACGUCGAUCAUGCACGCCCUGUCGCACGCCCUCGUCAACGUCCUGCCACGCGCCGAGAGCGAGCUCCUCACCGAGGUCGACGCCAACGAGAACCUCAUCCCGGCCGUCCAGGAGGUCGAGCGGUACCUGAGCGCCGACAGGCUCGUCCCGAGCUACCACAAUGUCGUCACCGUCGCAGGCAUCGAGUUCAAGCUCAAGCUCACGCUCGCGUCCCUCAUCCCCGAGGACCGCAUGUCGCUGUUCAACUACACGCGCGACGGCAACUACCCGCCCGUCCGCAUGGCCGCGUUCGACGCCCUCCUCCUUCUCAACCCGCUCCAGGACGUCAUGCCGCUCGUGCGGUACCUCUUUGCCGUCAUGCGCGACGACUCGUCGCGCCUCGUCCAGCGCCGCCUCGCGCAGAGCGUCCUCGAGUCGCUCCCGAUCCUCGUCGCCGUCCAGGACCUGGCGCCGCCGGACCCGGGCGCGAGCGACGGCGCUGCGGGAGGCGGCGACGCCAAGAAGGAGCGCGACGAACUCGCCAACGUCCUCAAGUCGCUGCGCAAGAAGCCCGGCCGGUCGAUGAACUACCGCACGAGCCUGCUCCAGACGCUCACGCACCCCGACGUCGACCCCGAGGUGCGCCUGUGCUGCCUCAAGAUCUGCGAGGCGACGGUCCGCCCCGAGGCCGAGCCCAUGCCCAAGAUGCGGUUCCGCCUUCCGCCGACGCCCGCCGCCAUCCCGUCGAUCCCGUCCGAGCCGGCGCCGCCGCCGACGCCGGGCUCGUUCCACAAGCUCAAGCUCGGCGGGCCGUCGACGCCUCGGUUCGCCGUCCAGGACCCGCACGACUACGGCGCCCUCGAGCCGGCGUACGACCCGUACGGCGGCGCGUACGAGCCUGCGCCCGCCGUCGUGCACCCGCCGCCGGUCGUCCAGCCGCCGUCGGCGCCCAAGCCCAAGAAGGACCGUGCGCCCAAGCUGCCCAAGGCGAUGCCGGCGCAGGCCGGCGGCAUGAGCGGGCCCGAGGUGACGGCGUGCCGAGCGGUCCUCAAGAAGCUCCACAAGGCGCCGUCGGCGUUCAUGUUCAAGAAGCCGGUCGACCCGGUCAAAACGGGCGCGGUCGACUACUACGACCGCAUCGCGAGCCCGAUGGACCUGAGCACGCUCGGCGCCAAGCUCGCGGCGGGCGUGUACGCCGACCGCUACGCGUUCCGCGACGACUUCAAGCUCAUUGUCGCCAACGCCAAGCAGUACAACGGCGCCGAAAGCCCGAUCGGCGCCCUCGCCGACGACCUCGACGCCCUGUUCGAGUCGCAGUGGGCCCGCAUCGAGGCGACGCUCGCCCGGUUCCAGCCUGGCGCCCCUCCUCCGACCCAUCACUCGCACGCCAACCCGCACCCGCACCAGCAGCAGCCGCACCACUCGCACCACCAGCCUCCACCUCCUCCUCCUCCCGCACCUGCGCCGACCUACGCCGUCCCGGCCCCGCCUGCACCAGCACCUGCCGGCUCUCACAAGAUCAAGCUCGUCACGCGCCAGGUCCCGGCACCGCCACCGCCGCUCGUCCCGGCGCAUGCGCCGCCCGCACCACCGGUUCACGCGCCGCCGUCGUCGACGCCGUCGGUCAGCCUCAAGCUCAAGGCGCCGGCUCCUCCUCCUCCACCACCUCCCUUCCAGCCCGACGCUGCGACGCUGCCGUCCCUCCCUCCCAUCCCGUCGGCCGCACCUCGUCCUCCACCGCCGCCGCCACCCGCACCGGCGCCCGCACCCGCCUCGGCCGCGCCUUCCCCGGCUCCUGCCCCCGAGCUGCAGCGCACGCCGAGCGCAGCGCCCGCCGUCCCGCCACCUCCUGCGCACCUGCCGCCCAUCCCGGCGCCGGCCCCUGUCGUCGCGGCCGCCCCAUCGUCGGCGCCGUCGCAGCCGACGAGCGCGUCGCCCGCACCGGCGUCGAGCGCUCCUGCCGCACCUGCGCCGCCCAAGCCGACCCUCAAGUUCAAGCUCGGCGGCGCGUCGGUGACCGAGGCGGCAGGGGCGACGCCGAGGCCGGCCAAGACGACGUCGUUCUCGCCCGAGGUGUCGUACAGCCCGGCGGGCUCGCCGUACGGCGGCGACUGGGACGGCGGCGUGGCUGGAGGGUCCAAGCCCAAGCGCAAGGAGUCGAUCAAGGCGCAGCAGAAGAUGAAGGCCCCGAUCAACUACGCCGAGCCGCCCGACUUUGAGGACGACGAGGCCGACACGGUCGCCGUCGCGCACUCGGCCGCUCCUGUCGCGUACGGCGUCCCGCAGCGGCCCGAGAUCCUCAACACGCCCAAGCCGCCGUACCCGACCAAGUGGGUCAACCCGGACGAGCCCGUCGACAUGGCCAAGGCGCGCCAGGUCCUCGCCAAGGUCAAGAACCUGCGCGAGGCCUUCUUCUUCCAGUACCCGGUCGAGGCCGUCGGCCCGCUCGCGACCUACUACGACGAGAUCGAGCACCCGAUGGACCUCGACACGCUCACGCGCCGGCUCGAGGCGGGCGUGUACGCGAGCUACGCGCACCUGUUCGGCGACUUUGACCUGAUCGUCGCCAACUGCGAGCGGUUCAACACGCCCAACACCGAGCCGAUCUGGCACGUGCACAUCCUCGACCGCGCGUGGCGCACCGAGUGGGAGAAGGCCAACAAGCUCAGCUACAACACGAAGCGCAGCCUCGGCGGUAUGCUCAAGCGCCUCAUGAACACGUCGCCGACUGCCGGCGUCGCUGCCCCCUUCAUGGUGCCCAUCAAGGACCUCGUCGCCCAAGUGCCCAACUACUUCGACUUUAUCCCGCCCGACCAGGCGCGCGACCUGAUCAUGAUCCGGCGCAAGCUCGAGAACGACGAGUACGCGACGAUCGACGCGUUUGUCGCCGACUUUGACCUCAUGAUCAACAACUGCUACCGGUUCAACGGGACCGAGAGCCACGUCUCGGUCAGCGGUCGGGCCCUGUCGGACGCCUUCCACGAGAACAUCAAGCGCAUCCGCAUCGAGUCGGGCAAGCAGGCCAAGCGCGCAGGGUCGUCGGCGCAGGGCGGGCCGAGCAAGAAGCAGAAGUUCUGAGCGGGCCUCUCUUUCUCUCUCCCUCCCUGUCCACAUCCCUCUCCCCUCUCUCCCGUCGUACCACCCCUCGCAUCGUGUCCGUGUUGUCCUGACCUGCACAAAGCCUGCGCUUCCUGUG